UUGUUAAUGUAUCAGGGUGGAAACACAUUCUUGUAAAAUGGAUUGCUCGUCAGAAUACGUAGAUGACUACGUUGAUAGCCAAAAUGUUCUAACAGAACAUUCCAAUGCCGUUCGAAAAAAGUCAAAGUUACCAGUAGUUAGCCGCGAACUGAUAAGCAACAAGGAAGAUUCCAGGGAUAUUUCCAUAUUAAAAUCUGCUUUUUACGAUGAAAUAAAGUCUGGAAGGAGAUUGCUGUUUAACAGUGCCGAGCACCAGAAGCGUAAACUUACCACAAAUCCAGUAAUAAAUACGAGUGCUUUUAAAAGAUUAUGGGGAAGGAGAAUUCGUGGUUCAUUCGUUGCUCCACUUGAGCAGGCAUGUCAAAAUACACGUAUUAAAAGAGUUAACACGCAUUGUGAAGUAGUUAACAACGAAAUCUUCGAAAAAAACAUCACUAGUGGGAUGAAAAGAAGGCUAGAAGUGAUGGAUGUGUGCAUGAAAGAAAAAGAAGAUCGAAUUGAAUGUAUGAAAGAAAUAAUUGAAACAUUUUUGCGAUCUUUCUCCGCAUCUGUGCAUCUCGCAUUGACAGACUCACAACAAGCACAUGGGUAUCUAGAUGCAGAAAUAGUGUUGCUUAACAAGAAAUUAAGCCAACGCUGGAGAAUCUUUGGUAGACACACAUUGCGAGAGGAGAAGAGACGUUUGUUAGCAGUAAAAGCAGUCUUAAGUACAACAACAAAAGAAUUGCAAGCAAAUUUGUGUUGUCUGGAGAAGAAAAAUGUAGAAAUUCAAAAGUUUACUUAAUUAAGAAAUUCGAUAUUUUAAAACUCACUUUCUUAUGAUGUCACAAAAUUUGGAAAUAUGAAACAAUAAUAAGCUUUUUAAUCGGAAAAUGGCGUUGGUUAUGACAUAUAAACUUUUUAUGGUUUUAAAGUUUUUUAGACUU